AUGAUUAAAAGAACAUUUAUACAAUUUGAAAUAUCAGAUUUGAAAGAACAAGAUAUUUACAUAAUACAACUGUUUACAAAAACUUGUAUGUUUUCUAAUGAUGAUAUUAUAAAAGGUGAUCAGUUGUAUGAAAACAAGGAAGAAUUCAAGAAAUAUGUUGUAACAAUUUGUACAAUGGUCCAAUUGAAUCAUGUAGAUUCAAAAUAUCUUAUAAAUUUAUUACAAGAAAUAACCAAUUCUCCUAAUCAAGAAUCAUCAUCAAUUAACAAAAUAUGGUAUUAUGGCAUUAAUUUGGUGAUGAAUGGUUUAAUUAAUUUAAGUUGGUGUGAAGAUGAUGUUAACAUUGAUAAUAUUAUUGAUGGUAAUAAUGGUGGUGCUACUACCCUUGCUAAUGCUAUGAUCAAUUCAUGUUUUAUUGAUUGUCAGAUAUUUGAUGAGAAUUUUAUGAGAAUUUUCAAUAAUCCUGUUAUUGUGAAACAACUUCCAAAUUUAAUUAUCAAAGAAAUUCAACAAUCAGUUGAUAUGGAUGAUAAUGGGUUUAACACAUUAAAUGAAAAGGUAACUAUAAGAUUUCUACAGUUAUUUGAAAAUUCGAGGAAAGAGAAGGCAAAUGAAGCAAGCCAUAUAUUUUGGGAAAUUUUAAAUAGAUUGAGAUCACCUAAAAUCAGGCUUAUUUCAGAUAAUGAAAAUAAUUUCUUCCAUAAAAAUGUCAGGCGAAUAGAAUCACCCGUUAGUGGAAUUCGUGAAAAAAUAAGUGGUAUGGAAAUCACAGAUUUCGAGGCCCAGCCAGAGUCACAACACUCGUUAACUGAGAAUGGUAAAAUCGAAGAUAUUCAGGUGGAGUCCAUAAGCGCAAUGACACUUGGAUAUGUUGCAAAGAAACUUGUCCCAGAUGAAAAGGCACAUAAUGCAAAAAUGGAAGAUUGGUACGGUGAAGGAGAAGUAUAUCGAAGACUUGAGAAACUUUAUAAGCUUAUUUAA